UGAAAAGAGCUAUUAUUCUGCUCCCUGCCACCCUGGGAUCAAAGCUUUUGCCCAGCAGCUGUGUGUUACAGAACUGCAUGUUACACACCUUUGACGACCAGCCACCUUUAAGCCUCUCAGACGAACCAUCCAUUCUUGUUCUGCCGUGGCUCUGGCGUAAUAAAGAGCAUAUUUUCUUGGUUAAGAGCAUAAGAAGAGUGGAAAUUCACAUUAAAGACCCAGCUCUCCCGGAAAACCGCUCCCUGAAGCAGGCGGUGGAAGAACCAUGGUGCAAGGCCCAUGGUGGUGACAGCAGUACUUGUGGCCCUGUCAGGGGCUGCACACUCACCCAAAGGAGCUGUCACAUCAGUCCCAGGACACACCAGCAUGUGGCUGUGACCUUGCGGGAGUAUGUCAUGGCCCCUCACAUGGCAAGCACAGCCUCUCUGCAUGCCAGCAUUGCAGCUCUCAUCACCUCCUUGCACGUGUCCAGUGAAAGUGCUUUCCCAGGUGAAGAAAGGGACUUUGUGGGAAACAUUUUCACUCUUUCCAUCAUUUGGAGGACACUGGCGAUCAGGUAGCCCUCAACCUGCAGCCCACCAUUUCUCCCAGAGUGCUCACCUCUCUGCAUCCAUCCACUCAUCACUCUUCUCUUCUGGGCACCCUCUCACCCUCUCCAUACUCCCAGCUCCCAGGUCAUGACUUGAAACAAGCUAUACUAAAAACCACUGAUGCACAGCAACCAGGUUUUGGUGCCCCUGGGCAUCCUUACACAGUGGGUCGGUCACCUCUGCUUUCUUGGGGGCCUGUUUUAUGAUCAAACUGGGCUGACUGGUGAUCAGCUCACAGUGAACGGUUUGUUGUGCCUGAUAAAAUGCUGCAUGGUACCCCCACACUAGAGAUGACAGUGCUUUCAUGGCACUCUUCCCACAGCCUCCUUUCCUAAUGUGGAUCUCCCUCUCAAAAACUGCAACAGGAGAAAGUAAUUCUAAAAAGGGAAGGUGCCUUGUGCUGGGUCCACUUGAGAUGAAUGUGCUAUGUGCACACAGGAUAAUUUCUUUGGCUCUACCCCAGAUGGAGAGUUUCACUGUGACUUUUGACAACGUUUUAUCAAGGUCUCAAAGUCCCACAAAGUGGCUGUAUGAAAAGCCAUGGGAAGUGGAGCUCCAAGGACAGAGACUGCUUUUCAAGCUCAUAUUGCUGCUCCUUGGUAUUCAGGUGCUCUGAAUGAGCAAACUCCACAGAAAAGAUGAUAUUUGAAGAUCUCUUGCUGGAAAUCGGUGGCUUUGGCAGAUUCCAGAUUUUUAUUUUUUGUCUCCCAAGAAUCAACCUUCCCAUGCAUUUCCUGCUUCACAAUUUUCUUGCUGCUACCCCAUCUCACCACUGUGUAAUUCCACACCAAGAGGCAUUUGUGAACCUCACCAUGGAGGAAGUUCUGCUCAUCAGCAUCCCCCAGGAGCCCAAUGGCACUUUCAGCUCCUGUGAGAUGUUCUCGCAGCCUCAGUUUCACCUGCUGCUCAGUUUCUCUCUGCAACCAGAAAACAAUUCCAUCAUCCAGCACUGCCGGCACUGAUGGGUCUAUGGUCACUCACAGUUCACCUCCACCAUCUCCACCCAGUGGGACCUCGUGUGUUAGCAGCGCAGACUGAACCAACCACCUUCUUCCACCUUCUUCAUCAGUGUUACAGUGGGGGCUGUGAUAUUUGGAUACCUUUCAGACAGUUUUGGACGGAAAUCCAUGCUCCUGCUGUCACUUGUGUUCUCUGUCAUAUUUGGGAUGCUGAGUGCUGCCUCUGUCUCCUACAGCAUGCUGGCCAUCACAUGGACCCUCACUCAGGUGGCCCUGAGCAGCGUCUCCCUUAUUAUAUUGCCUUUCAGGAUGGAGUGGGUGGAUACACAGCACCACACCUUCUCUGGUAUCCUGACCAGCAUUUUCUGGAGCAUCAGGAACAUGCUGCUGGCCAUGGCAGCAUACUUGGUGCGUGAAUGGCACCGGUUAUUAGGAGCUGUAACAGGACCUUGUCUUCUGAGCACUGUCUGUGGUGAGUGCAGUGACCUGCAGCCAGAUGGCCGGUGGGGAUAG